CGGGGCAUCCGGGGGGGCUGUGCGCGCGUUACAGCGAGUAGCAGCUGCAGCGUAGCGGUCUUGAGCCGAGCUGAUCUACGGUGAGCUGUCGCUUCGUUGGGCCCAGGAGCGACGAAAACUUCACUGCCAAACAUGUCCGACGACGAGCAAGAGCAGACCAUAGCCGAGGACCUGGUGGUCACCAAGUAUAAGAUGGGGGGUGACAUUGCCAACCAGGCUCUUCGUAAGGUCGUGGAGGCAGCUAAAGCCGGCGUGUCCGUGCUCAGCCUGUGUGAGGUAGGCGACGCCUACAUCAUGGCUGAGACGGGAAAGGUCUUCAAGAAGGAGAAGGAUAUGAAGAAAGGCAUUGCCUUUCCCACCAGCGUCUCCGUCAAUAACUGUGUUUGCCACUUCUCCCCCCUGAAGAGUGACCCUGACUACACACUUAAAGACGGGGAUCUGGUCAAAAUAGAUCUUGGGGUCCACGUUGACGGCUUCAUCGCGAACGUUGCUCACAGCUUCAUUGUUGGCGCCAGUAAGGAGAACCCCAUCACAGGCCGAAAGGCAGACGUCAUCAAAGCAGCCCAUCUGUGCGCAGAAGCAGCUCUGCGCCUGGUUAAACCUGGCAACCAGAACACCCAAGUGACAGAAGCCUGGAACAAGAUCGCUCAGUCGUUUAAAUGCUCUCCAAUUGAGGGUAUGCUGUCUCAUCAGUUAAAGCAGCAUGUGAUAGAUGGAGAGAAAACAAUCAUUCAGAACCCGACAGACCAGCAAAGAAAGGACCAUGAGAAGGCCGAGUUUGAGGUGCACGAAGUAUACGCUGUCGACGUCCUGGUCAGCACCGGAGAGGGAAAGGCCAGAGAUUCGGGUCUGAGGACCACCAUCUAUAAGAGGGACCCCAGCAAACAGUACGGCUUGAAAAUGAAGACUUCUCGUACGUUCUUCAGCGAAGUAGAGAGACGCUUCGAUGCCAUGCCCUUCACACUAAGGGCCUUUGAGGACGAGGCCAAAGCUCGUCUUGGAGUGGUGGAAUGUGCCAAACAUGAGCUGCUGCAGCCUUUCAGCGUGCUGCAUGAGAAGGAGGGAGAGUGUGUCGCACAGUUUAAGUUCACCGUGCUGCUGAUGGCCAACGGGCCUCAUAGAAUCACAAACGGACCCUUUGAUCCGGAGCUCUACAAGUCAGAGCAUGAAGUUCAGGAUCCAGAGCUAAAGGCAUUACUACAGAGCUCCGCAAGCCGCAAGACACAGAAGAAAAAGAAAAAGAAGGCGUCAAAGACGGCAGAAAACGCGACUGGACAGCCAGCCGAGGAGACAGAAGCACCCGAAUAAAAAUAAAGAACUGCCUUUCUCCACAUUCAAGACCCCAAAGACGAGGGAGACAAAAUACGACAGGUUUUCCUGAGCUCUACCAAUUAAAUAAGUGACAAAUUAAACUGAUAUGUUUAAAAAAAAAAAAGACCCUGCCACAGAUCAAUGUUUGGCUUAAUGCUUUGCUGUAUUAGUCGAUGGAAUCACUGGAUGACAUUUUUCCUUUUCUUCCCUAAUUUGACCAAUGAAUCGGGAGAAUUAGCAUGACUGAUUUGUUUUUUUGUUUUUACAUAAUUUGCAUCACAUACCUAUUCUGCAUCUUUUUUCUUGUUUUUUAAACACAGUGGCUACUUAUUUUUCUUUUUCUUUUUUUUCUUUUUGUUUGAAAAUCACCAAACGGCAUACUAGCUCAAACAUGUUUAAGAUUUCCUUUAGCUUUAUUGGUUAGAAAACCAGCUUAUGUCGGCUGCUUUCGGCAGCCAAGUGAGUUUUAAGGUUAUUCACACUUGUUUCUAGUUUGCAAACACAUUUAAAAAAGUUAAUUUUCUUGCUAAAAUUACGCAAUAAAGGGUUAAUUAUUAGGACACACAUUUAUAUUUUUGCUACGGCUGUGUUUUUUUCUUUGAAGACGCUAUGUUUUAAUCCCUAGAUUUUAAAGAGCCGACCAGAGAAUAUUUUAAGUACACAAGAAAGAAAACUGACUUUAGGGAACAAUCCGCUACAUUUACUGCCAGUCCCCUUUUUAUUACGGAAAAUAAACAUAUAUACCUUGUGAUCCAGUUUCAAAAGGGAGAACUUUUCUAACAUUUCCACCUGUAACACACUUUAGCCUCAGGAAUCAUUGAGACUAAAGCAGUUAAGAGAGUUUUGGGAAACUUGUCGGGGGACGAGUCUUCGGUUGAGACAGAGCCGCGAGAUAAUUUCAUGUUCGUUUUCAUUUUGAGGUCUGAGAAAAGUGUUCGUUCAUAUUUGUCUACAAUGAAAUCUGUUGGGGAGGGGCACAAUGCUGCUCUACUCACCCGACUACUGGGCAAGUAACUUUACAUCUAAAAGGAUGAAAAAAAUAAAAUGUUUUCAUACACA